GCGAAGUCGUGCAACUUACAUUGAUCCCUUCUCAAAGACGUUAUUUCCCACAACAAAUAUCACCCGUCAGACAGAUUAAAUAGACUUGGAAGUUGUAUCCAUAACAGUUCAUGGCCCGGCCAGAAUCCUCCCAGAUCUCUCUUGGCGAUAGUCACUCGCCCAUGCUUCUUGACAGAGAUAUAAAGGUUUACAUAGAGCAACUGAGGGUCGCACAACUUAAGGUGAAAUGGGGAAUAGAAAUGCUUGAGAAUCUACAGCAGUCACAAUGGAAGCUUAGGGGCCUUCUUGACGAACUGGAGAUCAGAACUAAGAUGCUCGAAGCCAUUAACAAAGAACAAUUGCGACUGAUUAAAGAUGUAUCGGAGGCUAUCGAUAAUGAGUUUAGUUUGCUAAAACAUUAACAAAACUGGUGUGGAUGCGCUAUGGUGUUAGACCUUUGUAUUUAAGUUUUCAACAUGUCUAAUAUCUUUUCUAGUUUCUGUUUGCUCGAUUGAUA